AAGCGUGAUAUGUCCCCUUUAAGCAUAUCACUGACUGAGCUGUGACUGAAGAGGAAAGCCUGUUAGAGGUGAAGGGAACUUCCCAAACUGAGAAAAGGAGUGCACAUGUUGCAGCACAGCGGUGAUUCUGACAUCUAAAAAUAGUUCUGGGUUUUAGUUUGACUUCCUAAACUAGAAUGCAAACCUCACUUCUCUAUUUAUGGAUGAGUGGAGGAGAAAGUCUAGAUUAAUUUCUGCUUAAUCAGCUGUUUUACUUCAUCCUAAAAUACUGAGGCGGAUGUUAAAACCUGACGUGAUGGGUGUGUUUCUAUUUAAAGCAAAGGAGUUUACCAACAAUAACGGUCAUUUCUGAAAAUGUAGCUCAGCUCAACUGAAAAAGACCUGUAGAGAUUUUCUUUAGCUUUGAUGUAGUUUAAGUUUUUAUUGUCCUAUAAAGUUAUGUCAAAUUGUUACCAAUACAAUGGCUGUGAAUAGAACUUAUUUUGAUGUCUUCGUGGUAUUGAAGGGACAUUUAAAGUACACAAAGCAGACACUCUUUACAGAAACAGUCUGUGACAGGGAUGCUACCAGGAAGUUUGCACCCUGUUAAACAUCACUAUGUUGACUACCCAAAUGCUACUGCAGUGUAACAUUUCCUGGUCCUUUUUAGAAUCACCCUAACUGUCUCCCUUACAUGUUCAUGUAAAACCCAAACUAUCUGUGAGUGAACAUCAGCUGAAGAAAGUAAAGUCUGUUUUUAUGUAAUUUGUGAAACUCAACCUUGCAUCUUCCAGAAUCUGAGGGAAUCACAAACUUACAGAGGACCUUAAAAUAAUCUGGGAAAAUUUGAGGAAACCACGUGUUAAGAUUUUGUUGACUCCACCCUGACUCUGGACAACCCCACGUCAACACUGAGUUAAAAGAUGAGCAGCCUCACACCGACUGAAGACCACAGACUGAACUGACUCUGACAACAGCUGCUGCAUCGUCACCUGGUAUCUUUAAUCAUGCUGAAGAUCAGAGAGUUGGUGUUCAUAGUCCUCUGCUGCCUCUGUGUCAGGAUAAGACUUCUACAUGCAGAGACGCUGCCUGACCAGGGAACCAUAAAGUCCCCGCUGAAGAGUUCACAUGUUGAGAUGUCUUCUCCACAAGAGGCUACACUGGCGCCACCUUCAGCAGCUACACAUCUUGGAGGGGUCCAGAGUAUCUCCAUCCACGUCAACGCUUCCCUGAAGGCCUCUAAUGUCUCAGUACAGACCUCGUCAGGUCUGUCCCGGCUCUUCAGGAUCUCUCUGAGCUUGUACCCUGAAUCUGUAGACGACAUGUACUACGGCUGCUCCAACAAGAUGCUGAUCAAAGUGAAGCGUCACUACCUCCCGAGGAGCACCGGAGAGGGUCUGCACUCCACGUACACCAAACUCUGCGCCCUGAAAGCCAUGAAGACCAAAGACCUCUACGACCCGCUGUCCUGGCAUCACUUCAGGGCCCUGUGUGCAUACACAGCCGGGUCUUAUGAUGACUUAAACCGAGCAGUUCGUCAGGGUAAAGCGUCCUACAGAACCUCAUUUGAGUUCCACGCCCUCCACUUCCUGCUCUCAGACGCCAUCAGGCUCCUGAAGCUGAACCAGAGAACCUGCUACACCAGCUACAGGAGAAGCAAACUGCUCUUCAGCGGUGAAGCUGGACAAACCAUCCGCUUCGGCUCCUUCGCCUCCAGCUCCCUCAACAAGGACCUGAGGCAGUUCGGAGGGAGGACUUGUUUUGAGAUCCGAACAUGUUUUGGUGCUUACCUGAAGUCUUACUCAGAGUUUGACUCAGACGAGGACGAGGUGCUGAUUCCUCCAUACGAGAUGUUUCACGUCGUGUCUGUGGACACAUCAGGACAGAACGAUUUGAACUGUGAUGUUUUGUUCAAGCUGGAGACUGCUGGAGUUUACAGCAGCCUGAACUGUCAGGCUGUAGACCUGCUCUAAAGGUCAGAGGUCACAGCUUUAAUAUUUAUUUUAACUGUUUGUUUUAGGCAUUUUAAUUUAACUGUCCUACAUUUAUGAAUAUGUUUAUUUAAGGACUUCAGUAGACUCAGAGUAGAUGAAAGAAAGGAAUUUGAGGUUAAUUUGUUCGCUGCUCUGAGAAUUAAAGCGAGAGCGAGAAAAGAGGGCUGGAUGUUUUUACAUUUUUCUUUACCUUCAUUUUUUACAAACUUUUAAAAUCAAAUUCCCUGAUUCAUCAUCUUCACUUUUCUUGAUUUAUAACCAAACAUGUCAGUUUCUCUCAUGGUGCACAAAUACAGAAAGAUAAAUGUUUGUUGUCAAGAGCUUGUCAUCUUUAGAAACUUUAAAAAAAAGAAACAGUCUUCACAUUUAAUUCAUGACGUUUAUACUUUUUCUCUUAGCUGUCAUUAACUCCUUCGGCUAUUGUCUUUUCAAUAUAUCAUAAGUUAUUUGAUUGAUCAGCAUUUGUGUGUUUUGUUUCUUAAGAAAGGAGAGGUCCUCUUGUGGUGGCUUCAUGACCUCCUGAUUCUCUUAUUUUCCUGUUUUAUAAUCUGAGUUUAUGGACUCUUAUGUGUGCAAAGAAAUAAAUUGCAAUGAA